AUAUAUCUAUGGCAAAAUUAUGAUACAGAAAAUAUGGAUAUCAAAACUAUGAUUAAUUUGAUGAUUGUUUCCGAUGAGUUAGACUGUGAGGAAUUAUCCGAGAAAUUAGAAAAUAUCUUAUUGAAUCCAAAGCUUCUUGGCUAA